AUGGCGUCCGCGGCCCCGCCUGCUCCCUCGACGCCCGCUGUCUCGGCGUCCUCAUCACCGGCGCCUGUGGCCGGUCCGGUCACCCGUGCCCGUAUGGGCGUUUUUCGCCCGAGCUCGCGCUACGCCUCAGAUGACUACAUCCAUGCGGCGUCCACCUCUGAGCCGUCGCCGUUGCCGUCCUCCGUUCGAGCCGCUCUUCAUGACCCGCUCUGGAUGGCUGCGACGCAAGAGAAGUUUGACGCCCUGUUGCGCAACCGGACGUGGCAGCUUGUUCCCCGACCCCGGCACGCCAAUCGUGCUGGCAUCGACUUUACUGACACCUUCUCUCCGGUUGUCAAGCCCGGCAUUAUUCGCACGGUUCUCCACCUUGCGGUCUCCUGUGCUUGGCCGGUGCACCAGAUGGACGUCUCCAACGCCUUCCUUCAUGGUCACCUCGAGGAGCAGGUCUUCUGCUCCGCGCGCUUGGUACCAACGCAUCGCGGCGUUUCUACACCAGCUCGGGUUCCGCUCCACCCGCUCGGAGCAUCGCUCUUCGUCUAUCACCAGGGCUCCGACACGGCCUACUUGCUGCUCUAUGUCGACGACAUCAUCCUGACGGCAUGUACGGCUGGCCUCCUUAGUCAGCUCACUGAUCGUCUUCGCGCUGAGUUCGCCAUCAAGGACUUGGGUCCUUUGCACUACUUCCUCGGUGUUGAGGUGGUGCGCCGUCCGGAUGGCUUCUUUGUUCAUCAGCGGAAGUAUGCUCAUGAGCUCCUGGAUCGUGCUGGCAUGCUUAACUUCAAGCCCGCCGCUACGCCUGUUGAUACGAAGGCCAAGCUCUCCGCCAUGGAUGGUUCUCCCGCUUCGGAUGCUGCAUUCUACCGGUCUAUCGUUGGUGCUCUCCAGUACCUCACUCUGACUCGACCGGAGAUCCAGUAUGCCAUGCAGCAGGUGUUUCUCCAUAUGCAUGCUCCUCGGGACGUUCACUGGGCCGCUGUCAAGCGGAUUCUCCGCUAUAUCUGUGGCACUAUGGAUCUCGGCGUCAUGCUCUACACCUCCACCGACACCGCCCUCACCGCCUACUCCGAUGCCGACUGGGCGGGCUGCCCUAACACUUGUCGGUCCACUCAGGGUAUUGUGUCUUCCUUGGACCCUCACUCAUCUCGUGGUCGUCCAAGCGGCAGCCUACAGUCUCUCGCUCCAGUGCUGAGGCUGAGUAUCGUGCGGUGGCCAACGUCGUCGCCGAGUGUUCGUGGCUUCGCCAGCUCCUGA